GAGAGUAUGAGACACGACAACUUCACCUACUAGUAUCUCAACGACCAACGACCAACUCGACACCAAGAUUACUUACUGAAGAACUAUUACGACUACAUCAAGAUGCAUAAACUACUCUUCUUAUCCACCCUCUCCCUUGCGGCAGCUACGUCUACUACUACUAAUGGGGACUUGGGGUAUUUGCAAUGUGCUUCGUCCAUCGCAGCAACCUACCCCCGCAGCGCAGAUUGCACCUCCCCCUCAGUACUAGACUGCUUCUGUAACGCACCCUUUGAUCCGUCCUCGCUGGAUCGGAAGACUUUGGAGAGUUGUGCGAGUGAGGGUGUUUCACCAUCCAACAUCCCCGACUACGUAUGCAGCGAUACCGACGUCCCCAUUGACGCACGCAAGGGAAGUAGUCCCAUGAUGCGGGUUGAUACAACCAGCUCCAGUGCCAGUACGGAUGGCAAUGGCAAUGGGAAUGGCAACGGCAAUGGUAAUGGGAAUGGAAAUGGUACUGGAAACGGCAACAGCGGCAACAUAUUCACACCCAAACACACCAACUAUAAAGCCUCAAAGCGCGCCUACGCACCAUCCACCCCUGACCCCAACGCCGACACAACCACCACCCAGUCGACAGACGACGACACAGACUCCACCCCAGAAGACCGCAUCGAAGCGACCACCAAAACCAAAACCGAAACCAAGACCUCAGAAGCGCGCAUCGAAGCACCAGCGACCAUAACCGACCAUCACGGGGUGCACAUGACAGACGCCACGAACCCAAACGUAGUAUACAAAAUGUACACGGAGACAGUGACGGACUGUGCGUGUGAGCAUGCAACCGCCACUGGCGAUGUUGCGCAUGCCUCGGAGUUGAGAAUGGAGAGUGGAACUGCCGCUACCGCUACUGCUACUGCUGCUGCUGCUACCGGCACGUCAGCAAGGCUGUUUGGAACGCAGGCGGCGGAGACAUCAGGGGCGGUGGUGUCGUCGUCAUCGGUGGUGAUGUCGAUGCCUAGUGGGGUGGAUGCGAGUCGGGUUGAUGGGGUGAAUAAUGUGAAUAAUGGGACUGGGGCGUUGUUUGAGGGCGGUGCGAGUAGGGUAGGAGAAGUUGGGGGUUUGUUGAUGGGGGUUGCGGUGGGGGUUGUGGGGGUGGGUUUGGUUCUUUGA